GUGUAUUGUAGAGGAGAUUAGACUCUUGCAUGAUAAAGUAGACACUGGUCCUGGUUGCUUGGGACGGCAACGAGAAUGGCCCAAACUUGGCACUCUGGUGGGAACACUAAGAGGUGACUUCGUUUCAGAUUUUGGGUUCGCUAUUGUGUGGUUACAUGCGCUGACAGAGGCACACCUGGGUAAAUACAAUUCUCCUUCAGACAACAUGGAUUUACCUCGUGGAAUGUUGGAGGUAUGCUCGAAACUUUCCAACUACAUGAUGUACCUUCUGGUUACCCACCCUUCCAUGCUGCCGCUCGCUGCCUGCGCGGUGGCUACUCUCGAGAAUCACCAUCUGCCUGAAUCUCAAGAGAAUGAGUACAGUGAUAUGACCAGAGAGGAGUUGCUGGUUAAGUACAGUCUUCAUCCAAGCAAGGAAACACUUAAAGAGAUGGUGUCCAUGUGGGCAAGGCUUCUUAUUUACUCUGCUGGCAGGUCGCGGGCUGAGAUGCACGCCUCGCAGCUGAGCAGUGGAGGGGAGCUUAUCACCUUCGUCUGGCUGCUCAUGGCCCACCAUGGGCUUGGGGACUCCUUGGGUAAACGGAUUGAGAUCACCAACCAAGAAACCAUUAAAGGCUGGAACGUGUACCAGCGAUAUGCUUUCUAUUACCCUGAACCAACACCAUGCAGGGUGGAUGAGAUAACUGGAUGAUCUGGAAAAAAAUCCCAUUCUGGGAAAUUCUUGUUCCAAAAAUGCCCUCAGUUGCGGGUGUCCAACUGGCGUACAACGGCAUGCAUGUCGUUGUGCUGCCCACAAGCAUGUUUUUGCCCAGAUUGUAGCUGAGACAAUCGAAAGAAGUUUCUGAACUUGCAAGUGUGCGUUGAAAACCCUGUGAAAUCGGAGAGCUGAACUAUGUUCAAUUAAUUUGAUUUGAUUUUUCAGAUUU